GAAACACUGAUUCUUUACGUCUGACGAUGAUUUUGUUAAUCUCUUAAUAGCUACUUUAAUAUGUAUCAGACUGUUAAGAUAAAGGCAGAUGAUUAAACGGAGCAAAGACAUGAAUUUUCCCGGUCUUUCAGCCAAACUAUUCUCUUUUGCUUUCCAUAACAUUAAAAGUGUUAGACUUGAUGCAAUUCUCUGUACUCGAGAACUUUAUGUUUGGACACUGCAUCUUAUCAAGACAUAGUUAAAUGCAAACAUAUCUUCACUUGAAUAUUAUCUUUUAAGGCGAGGCACUACAGGGAAAACCAUUGUUUUUUUAAGUCCCUGGUCACUUUUGGGCUAUUUUCCUAACAUGUCUUCUUUCAGACUAGUGGAAAGAAAAUAUCCAAAAUACACAUUUAAGUUUUAUUAUACUCCGUUAUUUACAUUUAUGCAAAUAUAUGCAUAUUUAAUUAUAUCUAAUUUGCAUAUUUAGACAUCAGAUUUCAGACACUUGUAAUACAAACAAAUUGUACUGUGAUUAAUCUGCUGGGGAAGUAUGGUUAUAUCUAUUAGUUUACAUGUGUCCUGUACUCAUCUGUGGUGUCUUAAUUUAUUUUAAAGGCAUUGAAAACUAGCACUCCUUAUUUUGCACUUAUGGACUGAAAAAAAAUACGUUUAUUGCGUACCAUAUUCACUGAGGUGAUGUGCUAUUUAAGUGUUUACGUGAACAAGAAAUGUUAAGCUGCUCAAGUCAUUAAAGUUCUUGUACAGGUCAAAAACAGUUGGCAAAUGCUGCCGCUAGUCAAUAGGUGGCGAUGGAGAGUCUCUCUGGUUCAGUAUUCAGCGGAAAUGAUGCGAAGAAGAAGACUCUGUUCCUGCGCGCUAUGCAGCUACGUUCAGCUGAUGGUUUGACAUGUUUUUUUUGUUCAAAAUGUUUGAUUAAGUGGUAGUUAAAAAUCGACGUUUACCGCGAAUUAUCGUUAAAACAGGCAAAAAAUAAGUUUUAAAUAUCUUAAGGACAUUUAGUUAGAGAAAAAACUCAGGACUUAGCAUAUAGGCUAACGUAAACAACGUCUUACGCAACUGGACUUUAAAUCACCGUAAAAAAACAGUUUCUCCUAUUAAAAUAGAAAUAUGACCGAGUCCAAAGAGAAAGCUUUGAGUCUGAAGUCUGAUGUCACUACAGUAGCCGUAAUCAAUCAGGUGAAAGCGACUAAGAAACCGAAGAAGAUUCUCGAUGAAGAUGAAUAUAUCGAGAGUUUGGAGAAGAUCAUCCAGAGGGACUUUUUCCCAGAUGUCUCCAAACUUCAAGCGCAGAAGGACUAUCUGGAGGCGGAGGAGAGCGGAGAUCUGGAGCGGAUGAGGGAGAUUGCCAUCAAAUAUGGGUCUGCAAUGGCUAAAUACACCCCACGCACCUAUGUGCCCUACACAACUCCUUCAACAUUUGAGACCCCAGAUGGUGGAAUCGCAACUCCCUCAAGUUCACAGAAACACAGAGCAGGGAAAGAGGAUGGAAAAGAAGGUGAAAAAUCAGAAGAUAAGGAUCUUCCAUCACUGGACCGCUUUCUUGCUAAAAACACGAGUGAGGACAACGCAUCCUUUGAGCAGAUAAUGGAGCUCGCGGAGGACAAGGACAAGCUGAGGCAUGCGUGGCUUUAUGAGGCAGAAAACGAAUACAAUGAGAGGCAUGAGCAGAACCUCGCUCUACCGUCCACAGAGAAACAGGCGCUUGAGUGCACCAAGGCAGGAUUGGACACGUGGCAGUACAAGGCCAAAAAUGCACUUAUGUACUACCCUGAAGGUGAAAAAGACGACACCCUGUUCAAGAAGCCACGGGAGGUCCUGUACAAGAACACACGGUUUGAUGUUGACCCCUUCAGUAAAGCCCUGAACAAAACACAAAUCCAGCAAGCGGCUGCGCUCAAUGCACAGUUUAAACUAGGCAAGGUUGGUCCAGAUGGCAAAGAGCUCCUGCCUCACGAAUCCCCCAAAGUAAAUGGUUAUGGAUUUGAGGGAGAAGCCUCUCCUGCUCCUGGUGUUGCAGAGUCUCCUCUGAUGACGUGGGGUGAGAUCGAAAGCACUCCGUUUCGUCUGGACGGCUCAGAUACACCACUCGUGGAGAGGAGUCAUGGUCCAUCGUUCAAGAUUCCAGAGCCUGGGAGAAGAGAGCGGUUGGGGCUGAAAAUGGCUAAUGAGGCUGCGGCAAAAAACAGAGCUAAGAAACAAGAGGCGCUGCGCAAAGUCACUGAAAACCUCGCCAGCCUGACUCCGAAGGGACUGAGUCCCGCAGCGCUGUCUCCUGCUCUUCAGCGUCUAGUAAACAGAUCGUCCAGCAAAUACACAGAUAAAGCCCUGAGGGCGAGCUACACCCCGUCACCUGCGCAUAGUAGCAUGGGCUCGAAGACUCCUCUCGGAGGCCUAGCCACUCCCUCCAGCACACCAACACCUGGGAAAACCAGAACACCAGUCACACAGGACCCGGCCUCCAUCACAGAUGACCUGCUCCAGCUGCCCAAGAGGAGGAAAGCUGCGGAUUACUUCUGAAACAAAAGACUGAAUAAAAACUCUAAUGUGGGCAGGGUCACAUAUUUAUUGUUUUUUUAUAAUUUUUUUUAAACCAUGAAACUGAAUUAAUCAUGUUUGUUGGACUUCAUUCUAUCAGGAAAAAGAAGUCUACAACUUAAAACAUCUGCAAUUUGUAAGAAUUUAGUUUUUUCUUUUUAUUUUAGCCCGCAUAUAUGUACUUUGAGCGUCAUCCACAUCAACUGAUUCAGUCAGGUGUAUCAUUUGUUCUGUUCGGUUCUUUACUACUCUUGAUUUGUUUUGAACAUAGCUGGUUCAGUCCUACUGAAAUCUGAGCAUCUAUUAUGAUGUUGAAGACAUCUUGCAAGAGCUCAAGGACAUAAUAAAGAGUUCAGCAGA